AUGUCUUUUUUCUUCAAGGGCAUUGACUUUGCGACUUACUUGAAACUCCACGACGACGAUAAUGAGGUUAUUCGUGCCGCGGUGGAAACCUGGCGGCGAUCAAGCAAACUGGUUGCCGGCAUGCCUCCACAUCCCUACUUUCAACAGUCCCCCAAGAUGCUGGUCUCAAUUCGCGAUUUGAAUGGUAACAGUGUGCUAAUGGGUCACUUGUCAACCUUCUGUCGUCAAGGCGACCUGGCUUUAGUUAUCCAAAAAGCAAAUUCAGGCAAAACACAGAUUUCGCUACGAGAGAAAGCUGGAUGGUGCUCUGAUAUGUCUCAAGUGGUUGCACAUACGCACCGUAUCUUGCAUACCUUCCACAUGGACAUCAACCCUGGAAACUUUCUUCUUGGUGCAGGAAAUAGAUUGGCCCUCAUUGAUUGGGAGCAAAGAAGUCCGACUGUGGCGACACUUGCCCCGGAGGCGGACGGAACUUGUGAUGUCGAUGAGGAGACUACGGAUGAAGGCACUCGACUGGUCUACACCAAGUACACUAGCUCGCCGCGUCGCAACAUGCCUAAAGGGAGCAAAUCAGCGAUCCUCCAUGGGUGGAAUGUGUUUCCGGAGUGGCAGGCCAACUGUCCCAGAGCCACUGAGCUUGCUGAGGUGUUUGCUCUGGGAAGAACCAUGUGGAUGCUCCUGACACAGACUGUCAGCGGGUUUGAAGAGGUCAAGCACCCCAACGAUGUUCAAGUGACCUGGGAUGACAAGAAUAAUAUACCGUCUCACUGGAUUGACAUGGUCGAGCGAUGCAUGGAAAAGGACCCGAACGAACGUCCUGACGUGGAGGAUCUUGUGAAGUUCUGGAGGCAUGAGGAAUCGCUGCUGGAUAGGAAAGCCUAG